GUUUUUCCUUUCAAAGAAAGUGAUAAUGUCUUUCCCCCCAAGACCACCUAUAGGAAUGCCUCCCAUGGGAUAUACAUAUGCUCCCGUGGGUAUGAUGCCCAUGGGACUUGGAAUGAUGCCUCAGCCGGUGAUGAGGCCAAUAGUUACAACUCAAAGUGCAGUUGCACAGCCAGCAAAAGCAUUUAAUAGGAAACUAGUUCCUCAGGAAAUUCCAAAGGAUGAGAAAGAAGAAAAACCUCCUGUUACAACAGUAUUUGUUGGUAACAUCAGUGACAGAGCACCUGAUGCUAUGAUUCGACAGAUGUUGCAGAGAUGCGGAAAUGUACUCAGUUGGAAACGUGUACAAGGUGCUUCAGGAAAAUUACAAGCAUUUGGGUUUUGUGAAUAUGAAGAUCCAGAAGCCACUCUACGUUGUAUGAGACUUUUAAAUGAAUGGGAAAUAGCAGACAAGAAAUUAGUGGUGAAAGUAGAUGCUAAAACAAAGACACUCUUGGAUGAAUACAUAUCUAAAAAGAAAUCCAGAACAAGUGAAGCAGAGGGAGAUGACAAAGAAAAGAAAGAGAAUGGAGAAAAAGAAAGUGAUUCUAAAGUAGAGGAAGACUUAGAUGAAUUUACCAAGAGAGAGGAUCGUGUGGCAAAGGCCGGUCUGGAUGCCAUUAUGAGAGAGUAUGCUGGAGAUCUUACAAAGAAGGUGUUUCCAGAUGUUGAAAAGGAGGCAAAGCCAGUCAAAAAGAAAGUUGAGGAAGAAAAGAUUAUAAAAGAUACAGGAAUAGAUGACAUUGAUAUUGAAGAUGACAAAAGGGAGAUAAUUCAUAGAGAAAUCAAGAGCUUCAGAGAUCUUCAUAAAGGAGAGGAUGAAGCAGAAAAAGAUGCUGAGAAGGACAAAGAAAGGGAAGAAAGAAUCAGACUUGCAGAGGAAAGGCGAAGACGCGAGAGGGAAAGAAUGAAGGAGAGAGAGAGGGAGCGGGAAAGAGAACUGGAAAAGGAACGUUAUGAAAGAGAAAGGGAAAGAGAACGCAUCAGAAGUAGGACAAGGUCAAGGUCACGAUCUCCAAAGAGGUGGAGGGAGAGGUCAAGAUCAAGAGAAAAGGAAAGGAGGAAGGAACGUGACAGGGAUGCUGAGGAUGAAGAGGAGGCAUAUGAAAGGAGGAAACUGGAGAAGAAACUACGUGAAAAGGAAGCAGCAUAUCAAGAGAGACUGAAGAAUUGGGAAGCCAGAGAAAGAAAGAAAGCACGGGAGUAUGAGAAAGAAAGGGAAAGAGAGGAGGAAAGGAAGGCAGAGGAGGCGAGAGAGGCACGAAGGUUGAAAGAAUUCCUUGAAGAUUAUGAUGAUGAAAGGGAUGAUGUGAAAUAUUACAAAGGCAGCUGUCUAAACAGGAGACUAAAAGAAAGGGAGAAGGAGAGAGAGGCAGAUGCACGAGAUAGACAGAGAGAAAAGGAGGAACUCGAAGAGAUCAAACGAAAGUUACUGGAUGAGGGACACCCAGACCCAGAAGCUGAAUUAAUGAAGAUUGAACUGGAGAGGGAAGAGCAUCUGAAGCCUCGUCUGAAUAUAUCUGAAGAAAAGUCCCCUGUCAGCCAGAAAGAGCCAAUCCCUGUAGACUCGUCAGAUGAAGCUGAUGAGGAGGAAGAGGAAAAGCCACAAUUACCCCCCAAUAUGAAGUCCACACUGAAACCCAUUGACGUAUCAAACAGUGUCACACCUAUGUCUGAGGAUAAUGACAGCAAUUUCCCACCCCCUGAUGAGGACUCGCAACCUGUGUAUGGCCCAACCAAGGAGGAAAAUGCUAAGUUAGGAUUUGGUGGGCUGAAGUUAGGUAGUAGUAGUAGUCCAACUGAAAGCAUAUCCAACAAGAGGAAGAAACUGACAGUAGGGGAUGUGUUCAACCAGGAUGAUGAAGAUAGUUCAUCAGGUGCCAAAAAACGUAAACUUGUACCUCUGGAUUACGAUGACGAUAAGGAAGGGAAGAAAGGGGGAGCCACUGCAGAGGAGAAACGAGUGAAAAUAAAACAACUCAUAGAGAGCAUUCCCACAGCUAAAGAUGAAUUGUUUGCUUAUCCUCUGGACUGGAAUAUAGUGGAUCAAGUCCUUAUGGAUAAAAGGAUUAAACCUUGGGUUAACAAAAAGAUCAUUGAGUACAUUGGUGAGGAAGAACCAACACUGACAGAAUUUAUAUGUCAGAAAGUGAUGGCUAGAAGUGGACCUCAAGCAAUACUCAAUGAUGUAGCAAUGGUGUUGGAUGAGGAAGCGGAAGUGUUCGUGGUGAAAAUGUGGAGAUUAUUAGUGUAUGAAACAGAAGCCAAAAAACUAGGACUAGUCAAAUGAUGAUUGUGUGAUUAGACUGUUUUACUGUGAGUUGGUGAAUGAUAAGUGCCAAAGAGGGACAGUAUGUAUGUAUUAGUGUGUGAUUGACCCAGCACAACCAACACAGUGCUGUAUGAUCCCAGUCCUCCCAAUUCUGUUCUGCUUCCAUUCCAUCAAGACAAUCCAGGUUCUAUAUCAUGGUUGUGGUACUGAUUAUGUACACGUCAACAUUAACAGACAGACCAUCAAGAAUCAUGCAAGAUGAAAUCAGGGUGUAAUUUUAUGAAUAUUAGUUUUGUAUUGUAUGUGUAUCUGCAUACAUGAGAUUCAAAUGUGUGAUAAAAUGAUAAAUGUGUUUCCAUGUUAAUGAGAAAUAUAAGGAGUGAAGUUAUGACUGUUUAUGAAAUUAUCUGAAUGAAUGCAGUAAGUGAAAUCCUUUUAAUUUUGCAUUGUAAAUACUCAUUAGACAUUGGUCUCAUGUACAUCAGAAACGAAUGCUUUUGAACAUGAAAAUAAAAAUCAUUCGAUAUACAAAAUUAC